AGCUCCAGUGACUUCCUGUGUCCCGUGUGCAACAAGCUGUUCCCUCUGCAGCGGAUGCUGACGCGCCACCUCAAGUGCCACAGCGUGGUGAAGAGGCACCCCUGCCGCUACUGUGGCAAAGGCUUCAACGACACCUUCGACCUCAAGAGGCACAUGCGCACUCACACAGGCAUUCGACCGUACAGGUGCGAGUUGUGCGAGAAGGCCUUCACCCAGCGCUGUUCGCUGGAGUCGCACCUGAGGAAGAUCCACGGCGUGCGGCAGCAGUACGCCUACCGCCAGCGCCGCUCCAAGAUCUUCGUCUGCGAGGACUGCGGCUUCACCUCCGGGCGGCCUGACGAGUACUUCAUCCACGUCCGCGAGCGCCACCCCGGCAGCCCGGCGCUACGCAGAUACUACCGCAAACACAUACCCGACAGAGCCGCCCCCUCGGGCACCGAGCCCAACAUCCAUCCCUUUUUACUGUACCAACCAGCUGGGUUCUAUAUAUGA